UCCGCCGUAAAGCGAAGUUGUUCUUUGGCAAAUGGGGUGGGGGCAAAAUCGCGAAGUUUCGAAGCGCGGGCAACAUCCGGGCAACAUCUGGGGCCCUCGGUCUGAGGCGUCCUGUGUGACUUGACUUUUUAGGAAUUGCAGCCAUGCUGAAAUGUGUGAUGAGCGGCAGUCAGGUGAAAGUAUUUGGGAAAGCAAUCCAAGCUCUCUCACGAAUUAGUGAUGAGCUGUGGCUAGACCCCUCUGAAAAAGGACUUGCUUUAAGAUCUGUGAAUUCUUGUCGGUCAGCAUAUGGAUGUGUCCUCUUCUCUCCUGUGUUUUUUCAACAUUAUCAAUGGUCAACUUCAGUGAAAAUGAAUGAUACUGACAUAAUAUUGAAUUUAAAUUGCAGAUUGGGAAUGAAGUCAAUUCUGCCCAUCUUUAGAUGUCUGAAUUCCCUAGAGAAAAAUGUGGAGAAGUGCAAAAUAUUUACCAGAUCUGAUAAGUGCAAAGUAGUUAUUCAGUUCUUCUGCCGACAUGGUAUUAAAAAGAUUCAUAAUGUGUGUUUUCAAGAAAGUCAGCCUUUGCAAGUUAUUUUUCAAAAGAAUAUGUGUGCUAAUACGCUAGUGAUUCAGCCAAGGGUGCUUGCUGAGGCAAUUGUUCUUUUUACAUCGAGUCAAGAGGAAGUUACUCUUGCUGUUACUCCGCUGAAGGUUUGCAUUAAGAGUUCUAAUGAGGAAUCAAUGGACCUGACCAAUUCUGUAUACAGUGAGAUGUUCGUUGGUCCAGAUGAGUUUGACUUCUUUCAAGUUGGAAUUGACACUGAAAUAACAUUUUGCUUCAAAGAACUGAAGGGAGUGCUGAUAUUUUCAGAAGCUGUACAUGCUCCUAUAGCCAUUCAUUUUGACUUUCCUGGGAAACCCAUGGCUUUAAGUAUUGAUGAUAUGUUAUUGGAAGCCAACUUUAUUUUGGCUACAUUAGCUGAUGAGCCAAGUAGAGCAUCUUCUCCACAAACACUGUGUCUUUCACAAAAACAAAAAAGGUCAGAGCCGAUACAUUCAAAUUCAAAGGCUGGUGAAAAUGCAACCAGCAAGGUCCCAGAGUAUAUCUCAAGAAAAGUAGAACUGAAAAGGCUGUAUUCUGAUGAGACUCCCACGAACACCUCUACAUUGGAAAAUUGUGGCAGCCCUUUAAUGAAAAGAGCGAACAAAGACCUUACUGAAGUACCCGAAAGCAGUGGAGGUAUUAGUGAAGUCCCAGAGAGCAGUGUCAGCGACACGGAAGAAGUGCCAGGGUCUCCAUGUCUCAGGAAGUUCUCUUGCAUGUUCUUUGGAGCAGUUUCUUCUGACCAACAAGAACCCUUCAGCCUCCCUUUCCAGAGUCUGGCAACAGCAAGUGACAAUGAAGAGGACAUGAAGAAUGGCAGUUUCUCCACAUUCUAACAAUGAUGGCUGAGCUCGCCCCCCUGCCCAUUUACUGGUUCACUUGUACUGAAAACACAUUUUCACAUUUAAAUCUAUGAAGGUACUGUCUUGGGCUUCCUGGAGAAUGGGCUACUGGUUAUCUAAACAUCAUCUUGUACAACCACCAUAUCUAGCAGUAACUACUUGUCAAUAAAUGUAACUUGCUUUAAAUCUAUUAUGCUACAUGGGAGGCAGAAAAGUUUUUUGUGUCGGGAAAAAGCUCAUUAGAAUUUUCUUCAGUUCAGGGAAUUCCCUGGCAGUCUGGUGGUUAGGACUCUGAGUUUCCGUU